GCGUGAAACAAUGCAACACAAUGGCAAGUAGCGCGCGGGACGCACACAGAUGAGGCGCUCCGGUAUCACUCGCAGGGUCAAUACUCGCAAGUCGCGCAAGGUCUUUCUCUUCACAUUGUGGCUUGCACUGCAGCAUUCUUGAGCACUUUGUCAAGAGGCACUCUCUGAACUUUACAGUUUAUUCUGCGUCUCAGUUUUGAACCCGUUGGCUUUAUUGCUAGUAAAGCGCAAUAGUGUGGCGCCUCUGCUGAAGAAAGACAUCGUUGAGGCCAUCCGCUUGUGGAGCUACGCGAGUUUUCCGUCGCUUUCUAGUCAGUUUGUUUGAGCGGAGCUUCAUACUACGACUGUCGUAGGAAAGCCCACUACCUCGAAAUUUAUCUGCUAAAAUUAAUCACUGCUAUCAGUCGUAUGUUUUGUUGCUUCUUCCGCUCUAACCGAACUGGCACGAUGACAUUCUCGCAAGAGGCCGUAAGAAAUUGUUCUUCAUUCAGAAAUGAAUGAGUGAAAUUGAGCGGCCCGCUAUUUAUUAUUCAGAAGUUUCACUGUAUUGUAAUACACGGGUAAAUUGUUGCACUGUGUAGACAAGUUGACAGAAAAACAAUUUUCUCAAGAAAUUAAUUACAUUAUAGUUAUUCUUGAUGUAUUAGCAUAAUCUACAGCUUUUCUCUAAGUGGUAUAAAAACAAAACCUUAUUCCUACAUAUACGUAGUAGCUUUAUACUUCUUGGCGUCGUUCCCAGCGAUAUUCGGGUAGCGUGACAGGGGCACGUAGAGGACGCUGUGUGCAUUUCCUUCUUGAAGUAAACAGCUCUCUCCCACCAUAGCACUGAACGUUGCACUGACCCCGUACGCGGAGGUAUCGUGAAGACGAACAGUUUUGGCCUGGCUCACGCACCCCUUUGUGGUUGGUCACGCACAGCGUUUGACUGCAACGCCCUUCCAUUAGAACCGAGAACGGCCAAGAAUACCAGCGCCUUCACGGCUGCUAGGCGGAAAGUUCUUCAAUAGAUAAUAACCUUCGUGUUUUUCAUCUACUUCACGUCUAUACCCGAUGGCAUUGCUGCGUUGAGGCAUUCAAGGCUUGCCGACCUUUACUGCGCAAGCUGUUUACAAUAACGACAUCUACAUGCACUUUUUCUAAACGAAUGCUGUCCAGAGACAGCCCAUUUAAGCAACGCUCAAUUCAAAACCUCUUCCAAGCAAAACGGGAACUGUUGCAAUAACCUGGCGCGAUGUUUCUCUUAGGUUCCUGCUCCUAAGAACUGUGGCUGCGCUGUCUACGUGUUUCUUAUUGUCACGUUCCUGCGGUAACUUCUGAUAUGCAGAAUUAAAUGUUACCGUUGAUGCUAUGUUGUUGACUAAGUAAAACGCAGACGGACAGCUACGAAGGUAUAGCACGCGUCUAGACGUUUUAUACGAAUUUCUAGACUGAAUGUUUCCUUCAGAAAACGUGGUAUGCUGCGAACUAGAUCCCUGCAGUAGGCUUCGACGCAUCAUUUUUCGCAUUUGUACUGAUCUAUUUUUAAGCCCUUGAAGUUUGGUUUCGACACAGAAACUCGUUCUGUUCAUGCCGACGACAUUCCCGACUGGUCCCCGACGUAAGGCUCGGCAAUUUCGUUCGAGAAACGCUCCCACGGGAGCACUCGACUGCCUUGUUGUCUCACGAAAUAUUAGAUGUGCGGAUAAGGCAGCUGCGCGCCACGCCGUGCUUUGUUUUGACACGGACUAGUCCCGCAACUGCGAAGACCCAUUUCAUUUUGGCAGAACGAGCGGCCAGCGGCUAAUCACACCCGAUCUGGGUGACGAAGAAGACCUACGACGGAUGAAGAGAAAAAUCUAGCGCGCACGCGUCGACGAAGAUGAGCGAACAGAGACGACGACCAUGUCGCAAGACGUGCCGUCGAACUCUCUGGGACGGCGGCCACCAGUGCGCGCGGCAGUGUGCGUGCCUCGGCGUCUGGCGCGAUAACUGUCCUCGUCGCUCGUAGCGGCCGUGUCGUCGAGUGUCUCCACGUGCUCGCUGCUGUCAUCGGUGGUGGGAUGCUUGGUUCACGUGGCCAUCCGCUCGGCCAGUCUCCAUGGUGGUGACGACGAGGCGUCUGCCGUGCGGCGCCCUCCUCUCGUGUUGCCUCCUCUUUGUGCGGGCGCUAGCGGGUGAGCCGUCGGUUAGCUACUACGACGGCUUGAACGAGACGGGACCCUGGGACGUCUUCUUCAAUGGCACCACCCUGGUGCUCAGCCCGGUCAACGCCAGUGUCGCUGAUAGCGGCGGGGAAGACGAGCGGCUGUCAUCCUUGGACGAACGCUACGACUUGUUACCACUACAAAACGACUCUGCACCGCUGCUCGAGUAUCGUGAACCAUUCCAGCCUCUUUCAUCCGUGGAUGACGGUGAGGCGCGCAAGACGGUGUACCUGCUCGGCCUAUUUGAACUUACGGGCAGCUGCGAGGCCGCGAGAGGUGGUCGUGCCGAGAGGGCCGCGGCACGGCUGGCCAUCCGACACGUCAACGAGCGCAACGUGGUUCCUGGACACAGGCUCGAGAUGUACUACAACGACACAAGGUGUGACGCCGGAGCGGCUAUCAAUGCUUUCUUCCACGCCAUCUACCGGAAGCAGCAGAUGACCAUGCUGCUGGGUACUUCUUCCUCUGAGGUCACCGAGCGCCUCGCCAAGGUGGUCAGCUACUGGGGCGUGCUGCAGGCCAUCAACGAAUUGCUGACUCAGCUGGAGAGCGCCAACAUCGCCGUCUCGUCCUCGGAAAGCGUCACACGAAACGAUUUCCUCGAGCAAAUACAGGAGCUGAAGAACACCGACAGCCGCAUCAUAAUCGGCAGCUUCUCCAGGCACAUGGCACGCAAAAUAUUCUGCGAAGUGUACAAACAGGGCAUGUACGGCUCCGACUUCCAGUGGAUCGUACAGGGUGGCCUCGGCGAGUGGUGGCUCGACCCGUCCGGCACCGACUGUUCGGCCGCGCAGCUUCGCGCCGCUGCCGACAACGUCAUCACGGUGGCCGCGUACACGGGACGCCUGCCCAAUCGCACUAGUGUCUCCGGCUUGCAAAUGGACGCCUUCCGGCGGGAAUUGGAUGCCGAACUGGAGUCUGAGCUGCGGUCGGGCCUGGAGCUGCCGGCCAGAGCCACCGGCUACCGAGGUCACGUAACGCAGGCCUACGACGCUGUGUGGACCGCUGCGCUGGCGCUGCGGUCAGCCGAGUUGCUCUGGAGAAAGGCCGGCAUAAACCUAACAUUGUCGGACUUCCGCUACGAGAAGCUCCUGCCGGAUACCGUCACAGGCGGUAGCUAUCACUGGAACGUGACCGCCGAGCCACUGCCUCCGCCGCAGGAACGCCACAUGGCCAACUACUUCGACCGAAUCAUUUCGCGGCUGCGGUUCAACGGCAUUUCGGGACCCCUCUCAUUCUCUGGCAGUGAUCGCGUCGGCAUCACGGAAUUCCAGCAGAACCAAGGUGAGCGCUGGACGAAUCAGCGGCUUCUAUGCAAGGUGGGCUCUUACGCAAAGUGGCCCUGUACGUACCCGACUCCAAGACACUGGACUUCUCCUGCAUUAGGUGCCAUCCCGAUCAUCUGGCAAGACGGCGAGCCCCCUGUGGCGCGGCGCAUCGUCAAGCUAAGCGUGGCAACCAUCCAACGCAGCGUAUUCAUCUCUGUGUCCGUGCUGGCCACCGUCGGCAUGCUGCUGGCCAUCGCCUUCCUUGCGUUCAACCUCUACUACCGCAAGAGCAAGUACAUCAAGCUGUCCAGUCCCAAGCUGAACAACAUGACUGUGGUGGGCUGCUUGCUCGUCUACGUGGCCAUCGUUGUCCUCGGCUUAGACUACGACACGCUGGGAAGUGACACACAUUUCGCCGUCUUCUGCACCGUACGGGCUUUCCUGCUGUCGGGUGGCUUCUCCUUGGCUUUCGGGGCGAUCUUCAUCAAGACAUACCGGGUACAUCACCUGUUCGUGCGCGCCUCCAGCGGCGUCAUCAAGAACAAGCUCCUCCAGGAUCAGCAGCUGAUCGCACUCGUCUGCGUUCUGGUUCUCAUCGACUGCGCGAUCGUCACCCUUUGGGUCACCUUCGAUCCCAUGGAAAGGACCAUGCGAAACCUGACCAUGCAGAUUUCCAAGUUGGAGCGAGACGUGGUGUACCUGCCACAGCGCGAGCAAUGCCACUCGGAGCACAUGGCCAAGUGGCUGGGUGCCCUAUACAUCUACAAGGGCCUGCUGCUCGUCGUCGGCUGCUACAUGGCCUGGGAGACGCGCAACGUCCAGAUACCGGCGCUCAACGACUCGCAGUACAUCGGCAUGAGCGUCUACAACGCCGUCAUCACCUCGGCGCUCGUUGUAGCCCUGGCCAACGUCAUUUCGACCGAGCGCUACACGCUCACCUACGCGCUCGUCGGCACGCUUAUAUUCGUCUCCACCACCACCACUUUGUGCCUGCUCUUCCUGCCCAAGAUCCACGCCAUCAUAAACAACGCAGACGCUGAUGCCGUGGUGGCUUCUUCCGGCGUGCGGGUCGAGUUCAACACUCGGCGCUUCGCUAUCGACGAGCGCCGGGAGCUCUACUACCGCACCGAGGUCCAGAGCCGCGCCUACGCGCGCGAAAUUGCAGAGCUAGAUGCUGAGAUAGCAAGGCUGAAGAGGCUUCUCGGAGAGCCGCUCUCCGCCGAAACGUCGUCCGAAAACAACUCUGUCAAGUCCGAGAGCCCCUUGUCGUCGCUGCUGGAGAGGUUCAAGCGCAAGCGAGCGUCCCUGGAGAACAGCGAGGCCGGCGUCGCCGUCAUCUCGCGCCUCAACACUCCAUUGCGCUCCUCUCCGGCCCGCGUUUACGACCUGCGUUGGCGGCUCGAGGAAGGGACCAGGAUGCUGCAGCUGCGGGCCGAGGACCUGCUGCUCCCGCCACGACACUCAUUCCACGAGGGGUCCAACGAAGGGCUGCAGCAGUCCAGGGGCAGCUUGCCGAUCAUCGCAGCCACGUCCAACGAGGAGGCUGGCCAUGGGGGCAGCGGCCAGCCCCCAGUUCCGCACUCCGGCUCCUUUCCCACGUUGCCACGCCGGUCGCGUUCGCCGGCGAGCCAGGAAGAGGCAGAGGCGAUCUACCAGUCGGCCGAACUGGCGCCCAGUGGAGACAGCGUGACGACUGCAAACACCACAGAGGAGUACCGGACGUUGUCGUCGGACGAGUACCGGACGCUGUCGUCCGACGACGACACGACGUACGCGAGCUGUCGCAGUCCCGCGUUCGUCGCAGUACUCAACCACGGCCCGUCGUCGUCUUUGCCGUCUCAGUGCGUGCACGAACCGCUCGAACUGGCCGUGUUGGAGGAGGCCAUCAACGACGAAGGCAUCGCCGAGUCGUCGGCGUCGACGACGCCGGUGGCCCGAGAGGAGGCGCCGUUGGCCGACAGCUUCCAGACUGAGCGGGAGCUCUUCCUCAAGCGCCUGGAAGAGGCCGAUUCGGUGGACGUCUGACGAAUGGGACGCAGUGACGUUGUUCACCUCGAGAGGACAGAGAAUUCUCGCUGGGCGCUUGUUGACCGUA